CGAGAAAGGGGCGGGGCUUCCGGCCAUUCACAGCGCGCUCCUGAGGGAAAAGCCACUCGGGGUUUCUCUACGGCAGCGUCGGGAGCGGCCUAGUUUUCGGCUGCCUGCUGCCUGUGGCUGCUCCUCCUCCGCGCUCGGUUCUCUUCCGUUCCCCGCUCUCCUUUUCGCCUUCGCCCCGGGGGAAGCUGCGGCCUCAGGUUCGCGCCCGACGCCUUCGCCGCCAUGAAGCUCGUGAGGUUUCUAAUGAAACUUAGUCAUGAAACUGUAACCAUAGAACUGAAGAACGGAACCCAAGUACAUGGAACUAUCACAGGAGUGGAUGUCAGUAUGAAUACACAUCUUAAAGCUGUAAAGAUGACUCUGAAGAACAGAGAACCUGUCCAGCUGGAGACGUUAAGUAUUCGAGGCAACAAUAUUAGGUAUUUCAUUCUGCCAGAUAGUUUGCCUCUGGAUACUUUGCUGGUGGAUGUUGAACCAAAAGUCAAAUCCAAGAAAAGGGAAGCAGUUGCAGGGAGAGGACGUGGCAGAGGACGUGGGAGAGGCAGAGCACGUGGCAGGGGGAGAGGAGGUCCAAGACGAUAAUUUCUUUAUAGCCACUAAAAAUGUCGGGUGACUUUGGAUAUUUUUUGUACAGGUUUUGUUUCAUUGUCCAUUUUUAAUAAACAAAUGUGGGAAA